ACUACGCUGAGGCACGUUGACAUUCACGGCCACUGUCUUCGUCAGACCCGACAGACGGGCGAGGUUGUAAUCAAAUGGUUGCCCACAACAGAAAUGCCGGCUGGCGGUCUCAUGAAGCCGUUGCCGUCGCAAAAGCGCGAGGUUUACAUCAAGCAGCUGAGGCUGUCAUGUGAGAUGGAGAGGCUGGUCUAA